UGUUAAGGGACCAAUCGCAUAGAAAUAUAGCCUUGGCUUUAACUCAAUGUUAUCUCUUCUUGCCGUCUCUCUCUCUCUCUCUCUCUCUCUCUGAACCCACUUGCUCGCCUCAGCUUUCGAAGUCGAUUGUAGUUUAAUUCUCUCAAAGCUUUAUAGGAAUGCUGCAGGGAAUCGCUAUGUCUUGAUUAUCUGGAUUUUGAUCUGUAGCAAAAUAUGAUUUUUUUCUUUUUGCUCGGACAGAAAUUAGUGUUGAAAGUCGAUGUCCAUGAUCAGAAAACCAUGACCAAGAUCAUUAAGACAACUUCUAAUCUGGCAGGGGUGGAUUCAAUAUCUGUUGACAGGAAGGAAAAUAAAAUGACGGUGAUAGCAGACGGAAUUGAUCCAGUGGUCGUAGUGUGCCGAUUGAGAAAGUUCUGUCACGCAGAAAUAAUUACAGUAGGACCAGCAAAAGAGCCUGAAAAGAAAAUAGAACCCAAGAAAGAAGAGCAGAAGCAGCAAGAAGAAGGUCAGAUGAGUAAAGAUGAAGAUCAAGUUAAAAAAGAUGAAAAUGCUUUUGCUGAGUUGAACAUGUCUAACCAGGCCAUUAUUGAUCCCUAUUUAGCUCUAACAGUUCCUGAGGAGGAUCGAAAUGCUUGUGUCCUUAUGUAAUCUGGCAGAUGUCAAAAGUGCUGGUAGAAGUCUGAAGGACAGAAGUUGACAUUGAAUUUAUAUCAUAUUAUUAAUGGAUUCUCUCCCUCAUGUAAAAUAUAUAUAAAUAUUUUUCAUUAACGUAUAAUUGUUGUGGUUUUGAUCUUCCU